AUGAAAUAGUUUGUCAGCCCAUAGGAUAUGCUUAAUAAAUUUAGAAACCCUCAUGAAAUUUAUACACAACAAACAGAUUUUUAUUAUGAACCAUAAAGCGAUGCAAACAUACCAAAAAUUUUAUAACAAUCAAUCAAUUUUUUUGAUGAUGAAAUAAGUAAGAAAACAAAAGAUAAAUUAAUAGAGGAGUUAAGAUAGAACAUUAUUCGUUGGUUAAAACUAUAUUAAUCAGUUGAGUAAGAAUUUGCUGGAGAAUUGGCAGUUUUUGGAUCCUACAGAUUUGGAGCAAAUGGGAAAGACAGUGACAUUGAUUUAAUCAUAUUGGCUCCACCUUAAAUCGAUAGAGAACUUCAUUUUUUUUAACAACUGCCUUCAAUUUUGAGUUCUAAUUCGAAAGUGACAAAUUUGUAUUGUAUUUAAGAAGCUAUGGUUCCUUUGAUUAGAUUUAAAUUUGCAGGAAUACAAUUCGAUCUAGUUUUUGCAUGUGUUAAGAAGAUAAUGAAGCCUUUAAGUCAGAGCGAUCCGGUUGAUGAGAAAUCUAGUAGGUCUCUAAAUGGAUUAAAAGUAAGUGAUUACUUUUCAAAAUACUGUCAUUAAAAAUCAUAUUUGUCCUUUCUGAAGUUUAUUAAAGCUUGGGCAAUCAAUAGAGGUAUCUAUGGGAAUGUGAUGGGCUAUUUGGGAGGAAUUUCAUGGUAAAUACUGACUCAUAAGAUAUUUUAACUCUAUCCCAACUACAGUGUUUAAGGAUUGAUUGAAAGAUUCUUCUUCAUUUUCUCCUAAUGGAAAUGGAAUGAAUUACCAGUUGUCAUUCAAAAAUGUGAUGAAAUUUGGAGAAAUUCUCUUUUUGAAUAAUAAUAGAAGUAACAUAAUGUAAUGUCAAUUCUAACACCAGUGUAUCCAUACAUUAAUUCAGCAUAUAAUGUAUCGAAUUGUACGUUUACAAUUAUUGAAGAACAAUUGAAAUUAGCAAAUAUCAUCAUGUAAAAGAUUUGUUUAUCUGAAUUACAAUGGUCUGACUUACUAAAGAAAAUUUAAUUUUUUGAUAUCUAUUACACUUAUCUGUAAAUAAGAGCAUUGUCUAAGAAUAAGGAUGAUCUAAUUCAAUGGAAAAGUCAUAUAGAAUCUAAACUAAGAAAGUUAAAUAAAAUGUUGGAUGAAGGUGAUGUAAAUAAAGCAAUAGAAUUUCAUCUCUAUCCCAAAAGUUUCCAAACAGAUUAUGUCUAAGGAGAUGAAAAUGAUACUCCUGGGUCUCUCUUUAACUUUAGUGAAAGCUUUUUUUAUGGCAUCAGAAUAAAGGAUGAAGAACUAGUUAAAGAAAAACUUGAUAUCGAAAAUAUUAUUAGAUAAUUUUGUGAUUGCCUUGAAGGUUAAAAACCUUAUUUUAGAGUUCCAGAGAAUCUUAAUUUAGAAAUAAAAUCAUUGCAUAAGGAUUAGAUUCCAAAAAAGAUAAAAUCUGAAUUGUGAUGUCCUACUUUAUUAUAUAUUUCAUCAUAAAUUUAAUAUAA